AUGGCUCGCAGAGCUAGAAGCAGCUCCGACAGGCGAAGUCGCAGCCGCAGCAGCAGCAGCCGGAGCAGAAAGAGCAAGAGCCGAAGCAGCAGCAAAAGCAGCAAAAGCAAGAAGAGCAGGAGCAGGAAGAGCAGGAAAGCCAGCAGCCAAAGUGGGAGCCGAAGGAGGCGCAGCCGCAGCCGCAGUCGGAGCCGGAGGAGCCCGAGCCGAAGUCGGCGGAACCGCCGAGCCAGGGCGCGCGGUGGAAGGCGCCGGGAGCGGAGCCGCAGCCACUCGCGCCGGAACCGCUCGAGCAAGCGCCGCUCCAAGAGCCCCGCGGCAGGAGCCAAGUCGGCUUCGGCUUCGGCGACCUCCGAGGCCUACGGCGCUGGCGCCUACUCCCUCUAUGGCUGGGGAUCAGGCUACAGGAGCUGGAACGCUUGGCCUGAGAGUUCCUACUACUCGGGCUAUUCGGCUUACCAGGGGUACCAGUACACGCAGCGCGACUACGCCACAGAGAAGCCGGAGAAUUAUAUGGCGUUCGUGCAGCAGCACGUCAGGGAGGGCAAGAACGGCACGGAGGUGAUCCUCAGCAAUAACAUGUGCCAAGACCGGCACGUUGAUGAUCUGCUCCUUUGCAUCGAGUCCUGGCUUGCACGGCAGUAUGGACGAAGCGGCGCCCAGCCGUGGCAGCUGGGAACUCUGGAUCUCUCGUUGAACGGGCUGUCCGACGACAGCGUCGCCCGCAUUGCGGACCGGCUUCGGCAGCUGCAUGUUCGAGUACGAUGCUUGGACUUGACUGGAAACAAGGCCGCGACGAAAGGCCUCGCGGCAUUGGAAGCCUAUCUUUGGAACUGCUCGGAGCCGUUUCAAGAGAUCUCUCUUGCAGACAACGAGAUUGUGGUGGAGGCCGGCUCUGGCGAGGAGAAUCCGGUCUCCUCCUUCCUCCGCUGCCUUUACAACCACCCAAACUAUCCGCGGAAGACCAGUUCCGACGCCGGCGUCCUGAUUCACCCUCUCGUUCUCCGCCUGGGAAAGAACCGGAUCGGGGACCUCCCGGGGCUCCUUCGAGACAUCCGGACCAAGGUGGGCGGCCGGGCCCGCUUCUGCCGAUCCGCAGAGGCCUACAAAGAGUCCGAGUCGGAGGAGUUCCUGUCCGUGCACAUCGCGGACCAGCCCGAGAGCGACGGAGAGGCGGAAGACCCGAAACCGCCAGCCUCGCCAGCCCAGCAAGCGGAGGAUUCGGCCUGGAAGCGGCGCCAGCGCCGUCGCAAGGCGAAGGAGCUGAGCGCCAAGGACGAGGAGGACCCAAAGGAGAGCCCGAAGUCUGAGGAGAGCGAGGACGAGGAGAAGCCUCGCAAGACGGAGGAGCCCAAGGAAGGCAAGAAGAAGAAGGCGAAGAAGGAGAACGGGAAGACCAAGAAGAAAAAGAAGAAGAGAAGCAAGCGGAAUGUCUCGGAAGAGGAGAACGGCAAAGAGCAGACGCAGACAGGUCCCGGUUCGGAGGCGGAGACGGAGGAAGGCGAGGAGGAGAACAGCGACGAGGUCGUGGACGCUGGAGUCGCUGGAGCGAUGGAGCUGGGAGCGCCCUCCGAGCCCGAGGCCGUCGAGGAGCCGGAGCCGGAGGAGGAGGAGCCGGAGGUUCCCUUGAAGCCCCAGGCCGAGGAAGCCGAGGAGGCCGAGGGCCAUGGCUCCUCCCAGCCCAGCAAGCCCGCUCGAAGCUUCUCCCCUUCGGCGCUCUCAUCGGAGGAUCAAGCCCGUCUGAAGAAGGAGACGGCGGAGAGACUCAGGCUGAUGGAGGGUCUGGUUGAGAGCAUCGGGGAAAGCGCACUGGGGAAGCUGGCCGAGCUGACGGUGCGACUGCUGGUGAGCGGCAAGCGAUCGGAGGACAUGAUGUCGGAGCUGAAGCCCUUUGUGGGCAAGCAGCGAGCUUCGGAGCUGGUGGAGUGGAUGGACGAGCACUGCCAGUCGGGUGUGAGCGCGAGGGAGACGGCAGAAAGCGAGCUGGUGGCCGGUGUGGCGUUUCGCCCACAGAAGUGCAGGCCUUCCCAGAACAGUCGCCACCAUGACAGCACCUUCGUUGCAGAGGACGGUACCCGAAUUGCGUACAGGCUCUACAAAAGCGCCGACGCGGAGGCCAAGCAAGCGCAGGAGGGCCGGCUCCUGGUGUUAUGCUACUUCCAUGCCAACGCCGAGUUGUGCACGGACCUGGAGGGGGAGGUGAAGAACUUCUUCGACUGCGGGUUUGCCUUGGUCCUGUGUCCCGAGUUUCGCGGCUACGCCUGGAGUGAGGGCAAGCCAAGCUUGAAGUCCCUCUACCCUGAUUGCGAGGCGUUCAUGCAGGCGCUGCCCUCCAUCCUGGAGGGGGCGGGCCUGCAGGCCGAUGGUCUGCAGCUCAUCUUGCAUGGACGCAGCCUGGGGUCUGCCUGUGCCAUUCACCUGGCCUCCCUGCAGGAUGAAAGGGUCGGUGGCCUUGUCGUGGAGUCCGGCGUCAUGGACCUCCUUGCCUUGCCAAUGGUCAUGCAGAUCGGCAUGAUGAUGCCGCAAGUGCUUCAGGCCUUGAGGGCGCAGCCCUGCCCUUUGAAGAUGCUCGAGGAGAUCCGGCAGGUCACGGUUCCAACGCUGAUCAUCCACGGAGAUCAGGACGAGAUCAGCCCUGUGGAGCAAGCCGUGUGCGCACACAAAGCUUGCAGCUCACAGCGGAAGCUGGUAAGGUACCCCAGGGCUGGGCACAACGACCUUCGACUGCUUUCCAAGCGGGAGUACUUCCAGGAGCUGGCCGCGCUCUGCACUUCGGUGGUCACCGGCAACCCCGAGGCUUUGGCGGAGCCCUCCGGCCAGACGUGGCUGGGCAUGAUCAGCGACUUCAUCAGCAACGGCUCGGCAUUGAAGUGCUUACCCGGAGUGCGGCGGUGCUUCGUCACCGAUCCCGAGAUGACGAACUCGCCUCGCUGA